AUGGGCUUACCCGUCAGUACAGUUCCCCAAUCACCAUUGGUUCUCUCCACUUCUUGUAGCAGUGCAAAACUCAAUACGUUGAAUGCAAGUGUCAAAGUACUUGAUGAACUUCUUCAUUAUAAUCAUCAAUAUCGGAAAGAACAGACUGCUUUGGAGAUUACCGGGUUGGAAGGAGGAAAAGUCACGCUAUGGCCCAUACUGCCAAUCAGCAAUGAACUCGGUCAGGCUUUACAAGAAUUUGAGUCCGCCUUGCAGAACUCUCACUUUCAUACCGAUGUGCAGGCGGAGUGGUAUAGUAGCUUUCUUAUCAACCAAUCCUCAUUGUUGGAGUAUCAACAUUGGCAAAAUGCUUGGGAUCCGAGGGCCAACAAUGAGUAUGAAGUUUACAUGCACGAGUAUACCAACAAUCUGACUAGGGAUUUAUCAGAAGGAAAGAUACCAGGAGUGGACUUGGUGGUUUCUCUUGACAACACAUCAGAGUUGAAAGUUCCAGAGGGUACCACAAUAGGGAAGUUAGUUUUGGACAACUGGUCAUCUGCAGGUAAAUCCAAUGAUCCUUAUCUCCUGAAGACCGCUGGCCCCCUAAGCCUGCCACCGCUCAGUGAUUUCCGGGGUCAAUCUGACAAAGCUCAGGAGGCUGGGAGGUGUAUGAGUAGUGUACAGAUGUAG